GGGGCGGGCCCGGGCGGGACAUGGAGGCGGCGGGCGGCGGGGCGGAGCGGGGGCUGCGGGCCGCGGGGACCCCCGAGGACCGGCUCUUCCUGGUGAAAGGUGGCCUCUUCCUGGGCUCCGUGGCCGCGGCGGGGAUGCUGGCGGGAUUCGCCACGACGCUGUCGGUGGCCAAGAAGAAAAGCCCCGAGUGGUUCAAUAAGGGCAGCAUGGCCUCGGCUGCCUUACCGGAGAGCGGGUCUGCCCUCGCCCUACGAGCACUGGGCUGGGGCUCACUGUGCGCCUGGUGCGGGGUCGGCCUCAUCAGCUUCACUGUCUGGAAAGCACUGGGAGUUCAUAGUUUGGAAGACUUUCGAAGUAAAAUGCAAUCAAUAUUUCCAGCAAUUCCGAAGAACUCUGAAUCGCCUGUUGAGUGGGAAGAAGCAUGGAAAUCCAAAUGAGAUGAGGCUGGCGAAGGUAUUCCAAAAGAGCUACUACGAAAAGUGUGGCUUUGUAGACACCAUAGCAGAGGACUCGGGCUGAUUUCUCCAUUGGUAACCUUGCAGACUUGACUGUUUCAGUGGGACACUAGAAUUCCGUGUCUUGUGUUAUGUGUGUGUAAUUUCUGGGAUGUGUAAAGUUGUUCCAAAGUUAGGAAAGCUGUUUUCAAAUAACUGCUUUUCUAUGUGGAGGACAUUCUGGGGAAAAUACUUCCAUUUAUGACUAACACAGAUGAAACCAGGUUUUGUAUCUGAAAAUAAUGCAUAAUGCAUGAUGGAAAAUCUUUAUAAACAGAUUCCAAACAGCUUUAGUUCUUCAAUGUGUCCACUUAUAUGAAUUUCUUUAUAUUUUGGACGGUAUUUUAUGAUUUUUUUGUAUUAAAGUUUCGGUAACAAUAGUGUUAACAUUUAUUACUGGUGUUGAUGCGCAAAGGGGCUGGAGCGAUAGCACAGCGGGUAGGGCGUUCGCCUUACAAGCGGCCAACAUGGCCGACCCAAGUUCGAUUCCUCCGCCCCUCUCGGAGAGCCCAGCAAGCUACUGAGAGUAUUCGAUAUGCCAGACACAGUUGAUGCGCAAAGUUACUGUUCAUCACCAGUAGCAGAGUGCCCAGGACCUUCCACCAUUGUCAUGUGUUUAGUCAAUCUCGUCACUGCCCCUGUCCUAACACCCCUGCCCUCCCUCCACUACUUGACAAUCUGAGUUUUGUAAUCCAAACCCAAAGGUUUGUCAUUUUGAUACUAUUUCUUUGUUUUGUUUCUCUGUAUACCACAGAUGAGAGAGAGGCAGAAUUUACCGAUCUUCCUCAGGCUUAUUCCACCUAGCAUGACACCCUCCAGUUCUAAGUUUCCGUGAACUGUCAGAUCUUAUCUCUUCGUAUAGCUGAAGUAGUAUUCACACUUCAACCACCUUUCUUCUCAGCCUGUAUUUGUCAGAACCCAGACACCUUGGUCUGAUUGGUCUGCUCCAAAGUACCAGGUUCUUGGGUCAGUUCUCUAGGUUGGGCAGUGGGCGUGGCUCUGGGUUCCUGGGAAAGCUGUAAGUCAAGCAGUAGAGAGAGGUGUUCUUCCAAGCUCAUCCUUUGAUCCCUUAUGCUCACUAGUUACUUGAUGAUCUCACCUUUAAAUCCUGAAAAAAUGCUUAGACAAGAGACCAGUUGCUUAUUACCAUAGUUUGAAAAUGCACAGCCAUGCUAAAAUAUAUCAUCGAUAUAAAGAUACACUUUUCUGAUAUGUUGGCCCUGUUCCUUACUGAUUAACAGUAAUAGCUUUGUCUCAGUUAUCACCUUUCUCUCCCUCUCUUCUUCUCUCUCUUUCUCUCCCUCUCUCCCACUCUCCUCUCCUUUCUCUCUCCUACUCUUUUCUACUUUCUUUCUCCUUUCUCUGUCUCCCUCUACCCCUUCCUCCCUCUCUCUCCUCUGUCACCUCUCUUUCUCCUUUAUCUCUCUCUCUCUCUCUCUCUCUCUCUCACACACACACACACACACACACACACACACACACACACACAGUCUCAUGUUGGGAAGGAGUUGGGCCACUACCAACAGUGCAGUGCCAGACAUGGAACUAGGGUUGGCUGCAAGUUAAGCACGUUCAUCCUUGUAUUGUCUCCAGCCUCAGCUUGUGUUAAAUAUUUUUUACCAAGAAGUUACCAGAAUAUUGAGUCUCAGCACUAAGGACUCAGUCCCACCCUCCUAAUGAGACUGCUGACGAUGAAUUCUUACCCUCAUACCUAUCCUUCCCUGUACCCAUGAUCUCUUCCAGAAAACAGAAUAAUUUUUACAUCCAAUUAUACUUACUGAAGGUUAAAUUUUCUUAAAGAUUAGAAAUACUUUAAUAUGAUAAUAUGUCCAGAAAAAUAACCCCUGGUCAUUUUAGUAUCAAUUGUGCAAUUUCUUUAUAAUUGCUUAGGCUCUAAUUAGCAAUCAAGUUUAAUAAAGUACAUUUGAAAUUUAUCUGUAAUAAUGAAACCUUUUAGUUCUAAGGAAAUUUUUUAAAUGAAAUGUCAAGUGCAUAAUGUAACAUUUUUCUCUGGACUGUGUUACCCUUUUUAAAUUGCUGCAUUGUUAAUUAAACAGGUGUAAUCAGCG